AUGACUGAACAGAAGCAGGACGAACAGCAAAACACAGAGGAGUACGACUAUGAUCGGCAGCUCUACCGCUGUCCCAUCUCGUGGCCCAUCACCUCUGAGAAGCCCAAGAUGACGAAGAAGGUGUACUCCCUCAUCAAGAAGACCGUGACGAAGAACAAGAAAGGCAUCUUGAAGGGCAUCAAGGACGUCACAAAAGCAAUCCGAAAGGGACAAAAAGGCGUUCUCAUUCUUGGGGCGGAUGCCUCACCGUACGACGUCGUUUCGCACUUUCCUGUGAUGGCAGAGGAGGCGAAGAUUCCGUAUGUGUGGGUGCCCUCGCGGCAGGACUUAGGAACGGCGACGCAGUGCAAGCGUGCCACGUCAGUAGUUCUCCUGAAGCCGGACCCAGACUUUAAGUCCAGCUACGAUAAAAUUGUGCUGGCGAUCGAGGACCUGAACUCUGACGAGUAA